UCAGUACCAGCAUGGAAACCCUGCUCGGUGAGCCAUUCUUGGAGUGGAAGAUCAAGAAGAUGUCAGCCAUUACCCGAUCUUCUUCGGUGCGGGCGGGCCCUGAAGCCGCUGAAACUUCCACUCCGGUGCCGAAUAUGCGACGCUGUGCGAGUGAACCUACAAAUCUUUGGAAUGCUCCAUGGGAAGCGCUGGACGAUGAAAUUUCCAGCAUCUUCAGCGACCUUCGCUCCCAAAGCGCUGAAACAAUCGAAGAGGAACUGGCCAAGGAGCACAGAUAUGCCAAGGCCGGCUGUGUGCGUCGCGCCUUUCCGGAGCGAAGCCUGGCUUUGUUGGUGACCCUGGCGCUGGAGAUCCCAGUGGCGUUUAUCAUCACGGGUGGAUCCCAGGGCUUGAAGCAGCUGGUGGGCCCGGAUCGUUACACGCUGCUGAUGGCCUUUCUGCCGUUGACCUCCGCCAUUUCGGGCAACGUCGGGCUGCAAUGCUCCUCCCUGACCACCCGCGCCAUUUCCCAUGGGAGCUGCGACAAAACCACCUAUUGCAGUUGGAUGCGUUUGGAAGUUGCCACAGCUGGUUUGUUGUCGAUCGCUACUGGCUUUGCCGUAGCGCUAUUGGCCUUGGUCUGGACUUGGGUCCAAUUUCCAGGGCCUGACAUUGGCUUCGCUCUUACCGUGGGCGUCUCACAGGCCUUCAGCAUCAUAGUGGCAGGCAUCACUGGGUCCAUUGCGCCAGUGAUUUUCUCCUUCAUUUUCCAUGGUGACGCCGGCAAAUGGGCCGGACCGAUGGAGACAGCGGUUCAAGAUGUGGCUGGAGCAUUUGGAGUAGUCUAUAUUGCGCAGCUCAUCAUGAUGGCGUGCGUGAAACUUGGCCUGUCCCCUGCAGCUUAGGGCAAUGGCUAGCAAAGGCCUGAUUCUGACCUCCGUCCCUUAGCUGGCCUGGCUACUUGUUUUUUGCUUGGAAAUACCCAGGCUUGUCUUGCGAAGGAUCGCAGGGACGUGCAAUUUCUGUACAGAGUUUCCACCUUUGUCCCGCUUUUGUACAGGCUUGAGCCUACAAGUUUUGUCAUACAUCUUGUGAAGUGCACUCAGCUUUGUCCUAAAUACUUCCUAGGAACCUCGGCGAGUGCCUUCCAAGGCAACCUCGGCUGAGACCAUCCAAGAACAAUCAGUUGGAACCUGGUG